AUGGACAUCCUCGAGUUAUUUCAAAUGAAACAACUGAUUGUAGAUCCCACGUGCACAACGGGCAACACAGAAUCGUUAAUUGACAUAAUCGCAACUAACUGCCCUGAUAAAGUAAAAGAAAGCGGUGUGAUUGAAAUAGGUAUUAGCAAUCACAGUCUUGUGUAUUCAUGUCUGAAAAUAUCAGUACCUUGAGAGAAACCGAAGAUCGUUGAAAGCAGAAAUCUAAAAAAUUAUAACGUUAACUGCUUCAAUAGCCAUCUUUCUCAGUUACUGAGGUACUUGGCUUGGGAUCAGAAACAUCCAGACCUGUUAUGGGAUCAGUUCAAACACAUAUUCAAUAGUAUAUCAGAUAUUUACGCUCCAGUUAAAACUCGAAAGGUAAGAAAUACUUAUGCUCCAUGGUUAACAACUGACAUUAGAUGUGAGAUGAACAUGCAGGAUUAUCUGAAAAAGAAAGCAGUUAAAAACAACUCUAAAAGCCUUCAUCAGGCAUAUACAGUAAAACGAAAUGAAGUGAACAAAUUAAUUAAAUCUGCAAAAGCCCAGUACUGUAAGGAUAAUAUUCAACUAAAUAAAGACUAUCCUAAAGAGAUGUGGAAAAAUAUUAACCAGGUCAUCAACGGAAAAGGUUGGUGUUCUAAAACCACCACCAUUACCACAAUUAAAGAUGAUCUGGGUGAUAUUAUCCAGGAUGUCAAAGUAUGUGUCAUUAUGACUGUAUAUACUCAUCCAAUUUUGUGCUUCAUGGCAUUACUACAAAGUUCUUUUUAAAUAUUACAUUAAAAGGGUGCUUGAAUGGCUAUAUCACUGUUUCAAUCAAUUUUACAGAAAAACUUUCUUUCUUAUGAUAGACCAAAUUUGACUCAUUUUUAUGUGUUCAUUAGGGUCUACCGGUAUUCUACCCAUGA